UUUACUUGUGUGUCUGUGAAGAGAGAGCGAGAAGAGGGGCAGAGGGAGGGAUGUGGACAAGCAUAUCAGAGGAGAGGGAGAGAGAGCGAUACAUUCUUAACUGUAUAAUACAUGGGGCAAUGAGCAUGGCACCGUUUGCGGCACAGUGGAAAGUUGGAUUACUUUAAAUUGUAGCAGAUUGUGUUAAAUUCAUGCUGGAGAACGACAAAAUGGUUGAUUCUACAUUGAGUAAAUUCUGUUGAAAAUGUUGCACCAUCUACUGGCGUAGAAUUGUAUGACAGUUCAGUGUCAAUGCAGCACAUAGGAGUAAAAUAAAAUAAAAACAUCACUUAAACCAUGAAACAGACAGGUGAACCCUAUUUAUGCUGGUGAUGACCCCUAUUUAUACUGGUGAAUGCCUAUUCAAGGACAUACUCCCUUGUCAGGGAAGUUAUAUUGCUUAACACAAAAGAGACUAUUUAUUUUUGCCAACUCACUGUCAGCUCAUUUUCUACCUAUCACUUCCUGAUUUUCCCCCAAAGGAAACUUGGCAUGACAUGGUGAUGAAUCACUUAUGAUUAAUAACAAGAUCUUAAAAGACAGCUUGUUUUUGUUAUGGGUUGUCAUUCACUUUUGAACACCCACCAACAAACUGAGGCAACCAUAAUGAAGAACAUAUUUAUUUCCCCCUCUCUUUUCUAUUAAAGUUUCUACCCAUUUCCCAUUAAGUUAGUUUCCUAUUUGUAAUGAAGAGAAACAACUAAUCUUAUUCAAUAACAGACAGGCUUACUUAUCGACUGCCAGCGAUAGCCACACAAAGCAAAAUCAAAACCCCUGCUACAUACAGUAUAUUAAUCCAUUUUAUUAGGUUCUAGCUUUCCUCUGUGCAAAUACAACCACAAUACAAUUAUAUCUAAUGACACGACUCACUAAAUCAAUUUAAUUGCCAGAGAGGUUUUAACUAUAAAUGUUGAAGGUUCUGACCAGGCAUUUUCUCUUUAUGUGUUAGAAUACCCAGGGUGGAAUAACAACAGAGACAAAGCUUUUUCAAUGUACUAUUGCACAAGAUAGCCCCAUAUCUUAUUUUCCCCACAGUCACCUCAAAAGACAUUGUGUGACAUUAAAGGUCACACAAUGGCAGUGGCAGUGGUGCUUGACUUAGACUGGCAGUGGUGCUUGACUUGGACUGGCAGUGGUGCUUGACUUGGACUGAAAUAGGUACUCAUUUUGGGUGCAGGUAUCUUUUAUAUUUAGGUGCAGGAGCGCUACAAUACUUGGAGCUAAUAUUCUAUAAGAGGUGCAGGAGCUCAAGCAGUAGAACAUUUGAGGUACCGGUACUCAGCUCCUGCCCAAGUCAAGCACUGCCCUGCAGAAAAGGGAAUGGCUUCAUCCACCACAUUCCACAUUCCUGAGCGCGUAACAGAGCAACGGAGAAAAUAAGACUUAAAGGGCUGGUCUUCUUCCUUCAUUUCUCAUAAGCGUGAUCAGUCACUGACAACAUAUGCUAGUGUUGAAGGGCUGAAUUGGUUCACUAAUCUUUCAUCUUUAGAUCGAAAAUGUGCAUGCACACAAUGAUUCUACUGGGUUUUGUGUGGUUUAGUCCGCCACUUCUUGUGGCCCUUGCCUCACCAACCCCUGCUACGAAUGAUGAGAGAGGCCCCUGUCAAAUCUACAACUCUGGUCGCUCCGCAAACUGCCUUGGUCAGCGACUGGAUCAUGUUCCAUGGAAGCACCUCCCUUCCACGCUUGAAAGUAUAGAUCUCUCCUACAAUGAACUUCAUGCCAUUCGUGUUAAUUACUUUUCUCGCCUACCUCACCUUCGUGUCCUCGAGCUGCAGUUCAACAACAUCUCUGUGAUUGAGGACCGUGCCUUCUACAACAACCCCCUCCUGGAGCAUCUUAACAUCUUUAACAACUCCCUAGAGGAAAUCCCUGCCAACGCCUUGCAGGACCUCUUUAAUCUAAGGGAACUCCUUAUGUCGAAUAACCUUUACACCCAGGCCACGUUGUCAGCUGACGUUUUCUCCAGAUUGACCCACCUCAAGGCCCUGUCCAUGGGCGGCCCCUUGGUCAAGGGUCUAAAGAAAGGGGACUUCCAGGCAUUGAGGAACAUUCAGUUACAGGACUUUGCCAUUAAAACUUCAUCAAAUAUCAGUUACUAUGAACCGGGUAGUCUGAAAGUAAUCCAGACAGGUAGAAUGGGUUUUGACAUGGCCAUAGAUCAGAAGCCGAAUUUCCUACCUUUGAUUCUACGAGACAUGGCCAACAAGACUUUCAGUCACAUCCAAUUCAGGAACCUCUUUGAGUUCAUGUAUUACAUGGGAGAUGAGGAUAUUUUCAGAGGCUUGCAAGACAUCAAAGUAGAUUCGCUCAUCUUUCACCGUGGAAAAUUCAAUGAGAACCUUAUGAGAAUGGCUCUGUUUAAUCUACAGGUCACCCCCCUUAAACGUCUGACACUUCAAUACAUUGACUUUGCUCGCUCGCCCAACUUUCUGGAUAAUGGCUUGGGAUCCAGUAUCAAAGACCUUGCACUGAGUAGACUAAAUCUGUGGCACAUCAGUAAUCCAGACAUUUUGCGAUUCGACUGGCGCUUCACAUGGUUCAACAAAGUCCGACUGCUGUCUAUUCAGAAUGUCAACUUCAACUCUGUGCCUUGCGAUGCCUGGCUUAAUAUGGAAGACAUGGAGGUUUUGGACAUCUCAAACAACCGCCUGCAGGACAACAUCCUCUUCAACCAGAGAUGCGACUACAGGGGCACCAUGCCGGCUCUUCGUUCCUUCAAUGUCAGCACCAACCAACUGACCAGCCUUCAGGACUUAGCCUCCCUGACCAGGGAGUUCAAACAGUUGAAGGUCAUGGAUGUCAGCCACAACAUGCUGGGCUCUGCUGAGAAGAGUCACAACUGUAACUGGAUGCAGAACAUCACCCAUGUGAUCGCUCACCACAACCGAUUCGAAAGUGGUGCCCUCCAGUGUCUGCCCACCACAGUACAAUUCCUGGACCUCUCGUACUGUGACCUGGACCAGCUGGACAUGGCCUACUUCCAACAAACCAUCAGCCUCAAGGAGCUCCUGCUCAAUGGGAACAAGAUCAAGUUCAUCCCCUCUGGGUGGAGAAGUUACUCCUUGCAGUCACUGGCUCUGGAUGGGAACUCCUUUGGGCUCAUCAGCAUGGGCUCCUUCCAGGACAUGCCCCAGCUGUCUCGACUGACGGCAGGGAACAACCCAUUUCACUGCACCUGCGACCUCCAUGCCUUCAUCCAGGACACAAUUUCCAAGGGGAAGGUCAACAUCACUGACUGGCCAGAGAACUACAAGUGUUACCAUCCAGAGGCCCUGCUCAAUAUCGCUGUGGCAAAUUUCUUCCCGGGUCACGUGGCCUGCGAUAUCAGACUGGUCAUCAUCAUCUGUGUGGCUACUACUGCAGCUGUGGUUUUAGUGUUGAUGCUUAUAUGCUACAUAUUCAAUGUUCCCUGGUACAUCAAAGCCACAUAUCAGAUCCUCAGAGCCAAAUACAGGGCUCAUCAGGAAGGAGCAUCUGGAAAAUCACAGAUCUAUGUUUACCAUGCCUUUAUCUCCUACAGCCACCCAGAUGCAGACUGGGUCAGGGACCAGUUGUUGCCCUGCUUGGAGAACAGCAAGCCCCCCUACCGACUCUGUAUCCAUGAGAGAGACUUCAUGCCAGGAAAGUGGAUCAUCGACAACAUCAUUGAAAAUAUUGAGAGCAGCGAAAAGGUCAUAUUUGUGUUGUCACACCACUUUGUGAACAGCGAUUGGUGCAACUACGAGCUCUACUUUGCCCAGCAAAGAGCCAUCAGCAAGACCUUCAGCGAUGUUAUUCUGGUGGUGAAAGAGCCCAUCGACCCUGAAUCUCUGCCCAGCAAGUAUUGUAAGCUCAAGAAGAUGCUGAACACCAAAACGUACCUAGAGUGGCCCCAGCAAGCCAAGCAGCAGACCUUCUUCUGGGCUCAACUUAGGAGCUGCCUGGGCAAGCCCAUAGUGACUAGAGAGCAGGCUCUUAGUGGUAGGAGCAGCAGUGUAUCCUCAGUGGGCGCUGUGCCUGUGAUAGAGCUCCCUCUAGAGGAUGGGAAUCCAGCGAUAGCUAUGCCAAAUUUAGACAGAGAAGCAGAGCUCCACAAAGUAGUUCCUCAGGAGAUCGAAAAUAUUUCAGUGAGAAGUGCAGAGUUUUAUGGGCAAAGACCAAUCCCUGUAGCCGUGGCAUCAGACAAAAUAAGCCAAGCAUGUAGCUUGCCUGCUCAAAGGGAUCAUCUCAGGAUCUCUAGCCCUGUACCCAUCUUCCUCUCCUACUCUCCUCACUGUCUCAGCAUACCAAACUUUCUGUACUACUCUGAUCCAAGCAACUUCAGCCUGCCUUUCUCUCACUGGAAACUUCUGAUCCUCAGCACCAUGGCUUUGAGGUAUUCACAGCGCUGUAAAAUGGGUUCCAAACUCGAGAGUGCAAUGGAGGGGCUAAUUCAAGUGUUCCACUCAUACUCCGCAAAAGAAGGGGACAAGUACAAGCUGAGCAAAGUUGAGCUGAAGAAUCUGUUGCAGGGUGAACUGAGUGACUUCCUGGCGGCAUGCAAGGACCCUAUGGUAGUAGAGAAGAUCAUGAGUGAUCUGGAUGAAAAUAAAGAUGGCGAAGUGGACUUUCAGGAGUUUGUCGUCUUGGUUGCUGCGCUGACGGUGGCCUGUAACGAGUUCUUUGUAGAGCCUGAAUGAGUUUGGAAACCGUCUGUGACCUCACCUUUCUACUCAUUAUUCCUUGUUAAUAAAACAAAUGUAUGCUUGAAUUUGAUUGUCAAAAAAUAUAAAAGAUAAGUUAUUUCAA